UCAGCACUUCCUCUUGCAGUCUAUGAAUUUAGUUUGUGCUGGACUCUAGUCUAGAGCUUAAGAAAAUAGCUAAGUAUAGGUAGCCAUUCUACCAAAAUGGAACCGAGUAGAUCUAGUCCGUCUUUAACCAAAACCAGCAGCUUUUUUGAUAGCCAUAAUCAUUCCAGGCGUCUGGUUAGUAGUAGCAGCUCUAGGACCAAGGUAGAACUGCACCAGGUGGAUGUUUUGCUGCAGAAAGAAAUAGGUCGUCUUGAGCGCCAACAAAAUGCUGCUGUAAGUAACAUUGCCAACCAUCAGCAAGCAAUGAAGAUGUCCUGGCGAAAGCUAGAACAGAAACGUUCACUUGAAAGUCCACUUCUGUCCAGUUCCAGAGAAAAAAUUGCCUCGUCUCCCUCUCCAAGGAGAGGAAUUUUUUAUUCUAACACCAAGCUUCACGUUGGAGAUAAUGUGUGGAAGUCUGAACCAUUCCCGCUCUAUUCUACCACAAGCAGCAGUCCCGUGUCUCAAGCUGUCAAAGUCGCUGGUGACAUCCACCAUAGACGUGUCAAUCAGUGUCCUCUACCUGCUUUACACGGGAAAAUUUCAUCCCCAUACGUAUCAAGUCCUUACAACUUGAGGCGACAGGAACCCUUGCAACCAAUUCGUACAAAGAGCAUGGGCAGUCAAUUUGGAGUCCCAAAACUGAGCUCUAGCCCUCCUGUCGCUGGAAGCAGCUCUGAUACCAGUGACAAAGACACACUUUUAAUGGCAUCCAAACUGAUGGGUGUGGAAACCUCCAGCAACCGGUCGCAAAGCUUCAAGGAAUUCUACUCUGCUGGAGGUACAGUACAGAGGUCUGCAUCUGAAGCUACAAUUCUUGUGUCUUCUGCUCUUGAUCAGAGUAUGAACGCUUCCAGGAAGACAGCACGAGAUACAAACAUUGAUGAGGAGUCCACUGCUGAUCAGAUUCCCGCCGAGGGUGAGCUCACAAUGGCCCAGAUGUUCGAUCAGAUCAAGCACUGCAGAUACAUCAGACGUUAUCACCCUGACGGAACUGCCCUUGAAGAAUAUUUCUAGAUUGGACAUGUCCGUAAAAUUAAUACAUGCAUGGAAAAAGUUAGGAACUGUAUACUUAAUUCUCCAUAAUUAUUAUAAUUAACGA